UUCUGAGCGUAUGCUGCCUUGAGUUGAGUUUUUUGGAACUGUAAUCUUCUGAUCAAGAAGACCCUAAUCCAACCGAUUUUAAUUAUUCCACUUUGUAACCCAAGUUGAAGAAACCCAGAAAGCCGUCGAUGGCCAACGAACUGCCGGAAGACCUGGUGUUACAGACGCUGCUAUCGCUGCCAGUCGUUUCUUUAUUGCGGUUCAAGUGCGUCUGCAAAUCCUGGUACGCUCUCAUUACUCGCCAUGACUUCAUCAGAGAACACAUCCUCCACCAUCGCUCCCCUUCAAAGAAGAACAAGAAUGCCCUUUUUCUCCUUAGCCGGCUAGAUAAAACUACCAGAGAUCAUCUUCUCUCCACUCUUUCUUACCAAACACUCCAAGUAUCGCUUACACAACCUUUGCCUCCUCCGUAUUUUGGGAUCAACGAGAAAGUCCACGUUUUUGUCGUGGGUUCUUGCGAUGGCCUGCUCUGCCUGUCCGAUAAAUAUGCCUGGAAAAUUUUUAUAUGGAACCCUGCCACUAAAGAAACAAAGGUUGUACCCGAAUCAACAUUGCGCCGCCUUCGUAGUAACGAUUGCGGCUUUGGUAAUGCUAUCAGAUUCGGUUUUGAUUCCAAGACUAAUGACUACAAGAUAAUCAGGCUACUUCGCGUCUUUGAGUUUGAUCCCUCCGUUUUGUACUAUAAAGGCAAAUACAUGUACGAAAGUGACCUAUAUAGCUUACGUACUAAUUCUUGGAGACAUGUUGAUAGUCAACCCUGGUUUGAUGUCCCGUACAGUUUCAUUUACGACGGUUUUAUGGGUACGAGGACGGACACUAAUGGAAUGGCUUCAUGGCCGGCACAAGGUGACUGCGAGUAUAUUUUAUCAUUUGACAUGAGCAAAGAGGUUUUCCUUAGAACACCGAUGCCAGAUAAAAGAGUUAUUGGGAGUGGGCUUUAUAAUUGGAGAGACUUGUUUUUGUUGAAUGAAUCGGUGGCUCUGUCUGUUCGUAACUCAGAUGAAGAACAGUCAGAUUUUUGCUUUCAUAUAUGGUUGUUGGGUGAAUUUGGCGUCGAGGAAUCUUGGAGGAAGAUAUAUACUCUGGGACCUCUUACAGGAUUUGACACUGUAUUAGGGUUUUGGAAGGAUGAUGCCCUGUUUUUUGGAAGUGCUGAUGGUCGACUGUUCUUGUAUGACUCCUCUACCAAAGAAAUGAACUAUCUUCAAAUUGAUGGAGAACCGAUGACGUUGCAGUUGAUUACUUUCAUGGAGACCUUAGUUUCUGUCAAGGUGGGAAAUGAAACUGAAGAACAGAAUAAUUCCUGAAAAUGGUUUAGGAGAUCUGCUGGAAUUGUAUUUCAAACAGGAUAAACGUGCUUGGGCCACAUUUUGUGGUUAAUUUUGUCAAAGGAUGUCCUUUUUAAUUGCCUGUCUUACUGGUAAAUUUGUAAUCCA